AUGGGUCCCAGCCGCCCUGUCAGCAGCACCCAGGGAAAGGCCUGGGGGCAGCAGGUGGGCAUGAGAGCAAGGCCAGGCACAACACCCAGCUCCCAGAUACCCCUCGAGGUGAAGAUCCCAGUCCAGGUUCAAACGGGGGGAGAGAGGGCUUCCUUGCUGUGCCUGCCCUCUCCCGCAAGCGGGCCGUGGGGUACCAGCCUGGCCCUUGACUCCGCUGGGGGGUCCUCUGCUCUGCCCCUUCCAGAGCUGGACCUGGCCGUGAGGGUGCUGCUCUACUCAGUGAUCUUCCUGCUGGGCCUGUGUGGGAACGCGCUCGUCAUCGCGGUGCUGGUGGUGAACAAGCGCCUGCGCACCGUCACCAACUCCUUCCUGCUCUCGCUGGCACUCAGUGACCUCAUGGUGGCUCUCUUCUGCCUGCCCUUCACCAUCAUCCCCAACCUGAUGCACUCCUUCAUCUUCGGGAAGGUCAUCUGCAAGGCCAUCGCCUACCUGAUGGGGGUGUCAGUGAGCGUCUCCACCUUCAGCCUAGUGGCCAUCGCCAUUGAGCGCUACAGCGCCAUCUGCAGGCCAUUGCAGUCCCGCGUGUGGCAGACCCGCUCCCACGCCUACCGGGUCAUUGCCACCACCUGGAUGCUCUCGGCCCUGCUCAUGCUGCCAUACCCGGUUUACAGCACCACCCUGCCUGUGCCCACCCACCCCCAUAUCACCCACUGCAGCCACAACUGGCCUGGGCACCACAUCAAGCAGGCCUGGUAUGUGCUGCUCCUCCUCACGCUCUUCUUUGUCCCGGGGCUGGUCAUGAUAGUGGCUUAUGGACUGAUUUCCUGUGAGCUCUACAGGGGCAUCCAGUUUGAGAUGGAUCUCUCCCGUGAGGCCAAAGCUCAGCAGAACGGGGUCACGGAGCUCCUGGCCCCUUGUGAUGAAGGCGACGGCUGCUACGUCCAGGUGCCGCAGCCCACAGGGAGCGCGAUGGAGCUGCCGGCCUUGACCCCAGAGGACGGCGCCAAGCAGGAGCGGGCCCGCAUCAACAGCUCAGAGGCCAAGCUCCUGGCCAAGAAGCGGGUCAUCCGGAUGCUGGUGGUGAUCGUGGCGCUGUUCUUUGUGUGCUGGCUGCCCAUCUACGUGGCCAAUACCUGGCGGGCCUUCGACCCCAUGACCGCCCACCGCGCCCUCUCCGGGACCCCCAUCUCCUUCAUCCACCUCCUCUGCUACUCCUCCACCUGCGUCAACCCCUUCAUCUACUGCUUCAUGAACAAGCGCUUCCGGAAGGCCUUCGCCAGCACCUUUGCCUGCUGUGCCAUGCCCUGCUGGCACCGGCGCCAUCACCCCCCCGAGGAGGAGGCCACUGCCACUGGGGCCUCCUUCUCCAAGUUCAGCUACACCACAGUCAGCAGCAUGGCCCCCCCCGAGCACUGAGGCGCUCCUGCCCAUCACCGAUGCCCAGCGUGCCCCCAAAUUCAUUAUCUGGGGACCCCAAGGCCUUUUCUCUCCUCCCUUCCCCACACUGGGGCUCCCCCUGCCUUCCCCCUGCCCCUUGCUGCCCCUUCAGGCCAAGAAGGAGAUUUCUUGUGCCCAAAAGCCUGGAAGAGAGCAGCUCUGUUGAAAGGUGGGGGGGGCAAAGCUGUCUUCUUGCCCACCCCCCUUUGCAAGGCCAGAAAAGAGACCGUCAGCCUGGAGGCCUUUGGCCCCCUCCCAGCUACAAAUGUCCCUCCUCUUCCCUGGGCCAAAUGGGACCCCCUCCCCGCUCCGAACGCCUUAAUUGCUGCAAUGCAAAGUCCCUUUUCUCCACCUGCUCUGGAUGAAAAGUGGCUGAAAAGCAACUGAUGGGAGGAGGGGGCGUAAAAUUGGGGACGGGACGUGUGCGGUGCAGCCCCGAGGGGGUCAGGCUCCAGCAAAGCCUCAGUGCUGCCUGAGGUCAAGAGGUGACGCUGACUCAGCCGUGACUCAGCAGCCCCAUUGCUGCUGGCUUGCCUUGCAGGGCUGUGGCAAGUCCAGGUGCCGAGUGGCCGAGCUCAGUCUUGCCCCAGGAACGGCCCAGUCCCC